GUGCAUCUGGCAGUAUGAGUAGUCAAGCAACGAGUCGUAUUGUCCGUUUCGCACAAGUGGUGCGAGUGGGACCUAACACCACUAAGGAGGAGUAUAAUGAUGUUAUAGAAGAUAUGAAAAGCGGAUGUGGAGGCUUCGGUAAACUAGAUGCGGUAUAUGUUGCUUCUGCUGAUAUUCAUGAUCCUUCUACUGAAGGCUUGGUCCUCGCUGCUGGUGAUGUGUGUUUGGAGUACUCUGAUCUCGGAGGUGCCGAGGCGUGCAUGCGUGGUAUGCAUGGACGUAAGUAUGAUGGUCAAGUCGUGCACAUGAGUAGUGUUGAUGAGGAAACCUGGCAGAAUUUGGCGAAGCCGGUCCUCGUGGAGAUGGACGCUGCCCUUGGUUUACUGUAA